AUGCAGUUCUCUCUGACCGCUAUCGCUCUUGCCUUCACCACCCUAGCUGCCGCUAUGCCUCACGAGCCCGGCCUCGUGAGCCAUGGCGAUAUCCGUUGGAAGGUUCCCCAGGGCAUGACCGUCCAGGAGGCUCAGGCCAAGUGCGGUGACCAGGCUCAGCUGUCCUGCUGCAACAAGGCAGUCUACGCUGGUGACACCACCGAUGUCAACUCCGGCAUUGGCGGCGGCCUCCUCUCCCACCUGAUCGGUACCGGCUCCGGUGCUUCGGGUGCCGGAAUCUUCUCCCAGUGCUCCAAGCUCGAUGCCCAGGUUGCCCUCCUCAUCGCCGUCCCCAUCCAGAACAUUCUCGACCAGCACUGCAAGCAGAACGUUGCCUGCUGUGCCCAUGAUCCUUCCACCGCCAGCAGCGACCUUGUUGGCGCUGGGCUUCCCUGCGUUGCCCUCGGCUCCAUCCUGUAA